AUGACUACAAACAAAAUCACAUUCUUGUUGAACUGGGAAGCUGCUCCUUAUCACAUCCCCAUCUUUCUCGCUCAAACCAAGGGCUACUUCAAAGACGAAGGUAUCGACAUUGCUAUUCUCGAACCUUCCAACCCUUCCGAUGUCACUGAGUUGAUUGGCUCAGGCCAGGUCUCGAUGGGACUCAAGGCAAUGGUUCACACUUUGGCUGCCAAGGCACGCGGAUUCCCCGUGACUUCAGUAGGAACUUUAUUAGAUGAGCCAUUCACUGGGAUUUGCUACUUGGAAUCCUCGGGUAUCACGCAGGAUUUCCAUUCUUUAAAGGGCAAGAGGAUUGGCUACGUUGGCGAGUUUGGCAAGAUCCAAGUUGACGAGUUGACGAAAUAUUACGGCAUGUCACCCGAGGACUACACUACGGUGCGCUGUGGGAUGAACGUGGCCAAAUAUAUCUUGGAAGGCACGAUUGAUUGCGGGGUUGGCAUUGAGUGUAUCCAAAUGGUUGAGUUGGAGGAGGCGUUGAAAAAGCAAGGCAAAGACCCCAACCAAGCCAAGAUGAUGCGUAUUGACACUUUGGCUCAGUUGACGUGUUGCUGCUUCUGCCUGAUUCUCUACAUCGUCAACGACGCCUUUUUGAAGGAAAACGGAGCAAAAGUUGAAAAGUUUUUAAGUGCAGUUAAACGGGCCACGUCGUACAUGUUGCAGAACCCGCACCAAGCGUGGCAGGAAUACGGCAAUUUCAAGCCUCAAAUGGAGACCGAAUUGAAUAGGAAAAAAUUUGAGAGAUGCUUUGCCUACUUUUCGGACUCGUUGUAUAACGUGCCUCGUGACUGGGAAAAAGUUACCAAUUACGGCAAGAGGUUGGAGAUCUUGCCGCCAGAUUAUGAGCCAAACUAUUCCAAUGCCUACUUGACUUGGGACGAGCCAAAGGAAGUCGAGGAUCCUUUGAAGGCGCAGCAGUUGAUGGCUAAGCAUCAAGAGGAGUGCAAAGCAUGUGGUGGCUAUCGUAGAUUGGCAUUGGCUUGA